CAGCUGCUGUCUGCCUCACACCCGCAUCUAUUUUUUUAUUUUUAAACCCAGCCUAACCGUUAUAAACGCAUAUAUUCCACUUGUCUCCGUACGGCACGGAAUAGGGCGCGUCCUUCUCCACAGUAAACUGAUCAUUGACAUUACACCGCCUAAAUUUAUGUUAUUUUUCUAAACAUAUAUUUCCCGUCCCAGGCCGGAAGUGCACACGAAGAAAAAACCUACCGCCGCCACUUUUACAUUGCAAGAUAUAUACAACCACAUCAGCGAGAUUCACGGUGGAGACGUUAUGGCAGCGCUAGGGCCCCGCUCAUUGAUUGCGGUACAGCUCCACCGGAAUGCUUUCAAUAAACCCUGGGGAUUUCGUCUGCAGGGCGGCGCUGACCAGGGCCAAGCACUGACUGUCCAGCGGGUGUUUAUGCAAUCGCCCUCCGAAGGAAUACUACAUCGCGGUGACAUUCUCUUACGGAUUAACGACUACGACGCCAGCCGAUUGCCGCUGCAGGACGCCGAACAGCUCAUUAACAAUACCGCACUGUCUCUCAGGCUGGAGGUUCAAAGGUCAAGCGGGGGCUCUACGCCCACCAGCCCCCAACCGCAAGCCUACCAGCAAGGGCCGCCGUCUUUCCAGCGUCAGAAUUCCCAGACAUACCAGCAGAAUCUCCAGUACCAACAGGAGCAGUUGCAGCGCUACCAGCAGCAGCAACAGCAACAACAAGCAUGGCAGAACUCUCCCACCAUGCAGAUGAUCCAACAGGGCGGAGCGCCUGCGCGUGGCGGUCCGCGUUGGGAACGUGAACAGGCGCCGGUGGAGGACGAUCCCGGUGCGCCGGGAAUGCGCCGGCUCAUGGAGGUGGAAAAACAGAAAAAGUCACAUGUACUGGACUACGCUGUCCCGCUGCCCAAUCUUGAUAAACUGAGCGUUACAAAUCAGACAUAUCGCUCUAAUCAGCUGAUUGCGCCGGGACCGAAAGCCAAGCACUACCGCCCAAUGGGUUCCUAUUUACAGUCGUCGUUUGGCCGGCAGGAACUGCCACAACCGCGAGUGGCACAUGACUCACAAUAUACUCCCGUGAAUACGCGCAGUUAUAACCGAGGGCAGCAACGACCGAAGAGCGUCUACGAUGCUCCACAAGGAUAUGGAGCCAACCUUAGCCCUUACAGCGCUGCCAAUGGAUUUCAACGACAGAAUUCGCAAUCGCCAGUACCACAACAGCUCAUGGGCGGACGACAGUGGCCACCCCCACCACAACCCCCGAGCCCACCGGCUCCGUACAGUCCGGCGGCCAAUGCCAACCCGUUUAACUUCAACGGCGCGCCUAAUUACAACCAGCCACAGCAGCAGCACAGCAGUCAGCUCCCUUUCGAGAUCCCCCAGGCACCGCAAGCCGGUCGCAAGAUCAUCCACUCCAACUACAAUUCACCGGCUGGUUUGUACAACACACAAAACGCCGUGGAUAUGUUCACUGCUCAAACCGGCCUGCGACCGAAUCAAGUCAGUGGAAGCGGUAAACCGUUGACCGACUACAAAGAAAGCCCCACGUAUAAGGCUCUCAUGCAAGCGCAAGGCCAACGUCAUGCCACCACCGACUGGGGCAGCGCACCAAAACAAUCCCGCGCCAUGGCAUCACUCAAUCAGGGAAAUGGAUAUGGUCUGACGGAGCUGUAAAACUGAAAGCGGAUUGGACUGGAGACAGUUUGUGUCGCCAUAUUAUGAUGUUGCUGAUUUUGUAAUACCACGCUCUUUUAUUAUGCGCGCCUCUUGCUGGAGAAAAUGUCUAGUAGAGAUUUAUAUAUGGCAUAGAUUCAUGUCUAUACGCUGCAGUGUAAUUAGUGCUACUACUGCAAGCUCUCCCCAUACGAGAAGUUUUACAUAACGAAUAUGCAAUAUCAUCUGAUUGUGUAAUUGUGUCAACUUAUUCAUCAUAACUGAGAUAAUUUAUUCUGUUUAAAUUCUUUUGCUUUUUUUUGCCUCAUAUACAUCUUUGCUAUGACUCUAAAAUUCUGCACAUCUUUGCUAUGGUUUUUUCUUGGCCUUUCUUUUACACUUGCUUAUCAGUGUUAGCAUGCCGGUUGCUUGCCAAUGUCGACGUCGUAUGCAAUUUACAAAGUUUUCAAUAAAAAAAGAAUCAAGAA